AUGAAGCCACCCUUCUUGCUUGCGGUGGCCUCGGUGCUGCUGGGCUGUGCUACCGCUGAAGUCCACAAGCUCAAGCUGCACAAGGUCCCUCUGUCAGAGCAGCUGACCACCCACAACAUCGAUGCCCAUCUCCACGCUCUGGGCCAGAAAUACAUGGGAAUCCGGCCCCAGCUGAAUGAGCAGAGAUUCCAGGACAACCUGAUGACCGAAAAGGGCCGUCACAGCGUCCCAGAAACCAUGAUACUGACAGUUAUCUCCCGGACAGAUUUCACCGAGAUCGAGAUUGGAACUCCUCCCCAGAAGUUCAAGGUCAUUCUGGACACCAACUCCGCCAAUCUAUGGGUCGGAUCCUCGAAGUGCAGCUCCGUCGGGUGCUUUCUCCACAGCAAGUACGACUCCUCGGCAUCAUCCACUUACAAGAAGAACGGCACCGAGUUCUCUAUGAAGCGCUUCUCUGGCGGCACCACGAGCGGCUUUGUGUCGCAGGAUAACUUCAAGAUCGGUGAUCUGAAGAUCGAGAAGCAGGACUUCGCCGAGGUUACUGAGCCGGAUAGGUCUUAUACCUUUAGAGGCUAUGAUGGUGUUCUUGGGCUGGGCUUUGACACCAUAUCGGUCAACAAUAUCGUCCCUCCUUUCUACAACAUGCGGAAGCAGGGUCUGCUUGACCAGCCCGUGUUUGCCUUCUACCUUGGAGAGGGCAAUUCCGAGGUCUCCUUUGGUGGUAUUGACAAGGAUUACUACGCUGGUGAACUGAUCAAGAUUCCUCUCCGCCGCAAAGGCCUCUGGGAGGUUAACCUGGAUGCCAUUGCGCUUAAUGAUCAAGUUGCUCAGCUUGGGGAUACUACCGGUGUGAUGCUGAACGUUGAUACCCCCUUUAUUUUCCUGCCCUCUCGCCACGCCGACGUAAUCAAUUUCUGGAUUGGUGCCAAGAGGAUAGGGAAUGGCCCCUACACGGUUGACUGUGGAGAGCAUUGGCGUCAGCCCACCGUUACCUUUACUCUGGCUGGUCACAACUUCACUAUUGGCUCCUAUGACUACAAACUGCCGGAUGGCUAUGGAUACUGCAUGAGUGCCUUCGUACCCAUGGACAUCCCCGCGCCCCUGGGUCCCCUGGCCAUCCUGGGUGAAUCCUUUCUGAGGAAUUGGUAUAGCGUGUAUGACCUGGGUAACAGCACUAUUGGCCUGGCCAGUAUCAUGACAACUUAA